CAGUGGUCAAGUCGGGUUGUUAUCAGUGUGUGUUUGAGCUUGAGUUUGAUCAGUCGCCAUUAGCUUCCGUGUUCAAAAUGAUUGAGAAGAUCGUUCCUGCUUUUGCGCAACUCAGUGAGUUUGCAAGUAUUGGGGCUGGUGGCGGCAUAGUGUUCGCUACAGAUGAUUUCUUCGCGACAUGCGAGAACAUGAUUAUGGACUCGGAGCCUGUUUUCAUAGAAGACAAAUACACAGAGUUCGGCAAAUGGAUGGACGGCUGGGAGACCCGCAGGCGAAGGACUGCCGGCCAUGAUUGGUGUAUCAUAAAGCUGGCUACUAAAUGUGUUAUACGAGGGUUGUUGGUUGAUACAGCAUUUUUCACCGGAAACUAUGCGCCAAAAUACUCAAUUCAAGCUGCCUGUUUGACGACUGAAGAAGAAGAAUCUAUUCCAACAAGAGUAUCUAAAAUGGGUACGGCGUGCAACAAAUUCGACGCCAAACAUAUCGAACGACUUAAGUCUGACAAAUGGGAUGAGAUAGUGCCCGUUACUGCCCUGCGUCCCGGCUAUGAGGAGACCAGACUCAAUUUCCAAAAGGUCCUUAGUGAUGAUGCGUGGACACAUAUUCGCGUGAAUAUAUACCCUGAUGGGGGUAUUGCACGACUCAGAGUCUUCGGGGAAGCCAAGCCUGAAAGGCCACCAAGAAAUCAAGUCGUCGACCUUAUUUCUCUACUGAAUGGUGCCACUUGUCUAGGAUUUUCAAAUGCCCAUUACGGACACCCUAAGAACGUAAUUAAGCCUUCAAAGGGUAAAUGUAUGUCUGACGGUUGGGAAACAGCGAGGAGGCUCGACAGACCUAAUGUUAUUGAAGCUAAUGACGAUGGGACAAUGAAAAUCACAGGUCAAGAAUGGGCGGUUUUUAAAUUAGGUUUUCCGGGAAAGAUUAAGCAAAUCUGUGUGGAUACCAACCACUUUAAAGGCAAUUAUCCUGACUCAGUGAAGAUCGAAGGGGCGUAUUUAGGACGGGCUGAUUGGUGUCCAGAGGUUGUUGGGAACUGGCAUAAUAUUUUGAAGCCGAGUAAGCUAUCAGCCCAUAAUGAGCACUGGUUUGACUGUGAUUCGGAUGUCAUCACACACAUUAGAGUAACGAUGGCACCAGACGGCGGUUUCAGCAGAAUUAGGGCGCUGGGAUAUGUCGACGAUCAAAUAAUUUGAUCCUCCAUGAAAAAAUCCGCAAACGAUCUGAUGUUUGGGAGAAUUUCGACUGUUUACGAUUCAGCUGUGAUGAUGAGUUGGUUUUUAUUAAGGUGAUGGUGUAUAUUUGUGAAUAGGUAUUAGUUUUAUAUAAUAGUGAUGCCAUGGAAACAGGCAUACGUAACCGCACCAAUAAUAUCACUGAUCGGUUUCCAGUGAACCAGCAAAUUGUUCUAGCAGUUUCAUAUAUUAUUCCAACUGUACGCUCUCCACUCUGGGUAAUUUUGUUACACUCUUAUCAAUAUUAUGGAUGUCUGUUACAUUAUUCGUGUAGAGUGAUUUACUGGUAUUCUCUCGUCCUGUAUUAUUUGUAACGUUAAUGAAGUUUCUAGUUUAAUUAUUGUUUGUUUGCAUUAUAGUUCCGUGUAAUUCAAUAUGUUUCUUAGUUUUAAUGUUUUUAGAAGAAUACGUCCUGUUUUGUUCCUUGUUUUGAUUUGUUGUGUAAAUUUCUUUAUUGAUAUUGUUGUUUCGAUUUUUAAGUUUUUGAAAAUGUGAUUAUUUAUUUUUAUUUAGUAGGUACCUGAAGUAGUUUUGAUAAAAAUGAUUUCUGUGGUAUGAAUAAACUUUAAGUUUUUAUGUAUUACUUAAUAUAACUUUAGCGUAUGUGAUGGAAAUAACUUAGUUAUUGAUUUGAGAGACGAAACAUCGGUAAAGGUUUUCUAAUAUUAGACUAUAUUCAUGUUAUCAAACUAAAUACUAGGAAAGUACUUUAAUAUUAAAUAUAUUUCCCAGAAGCGUCGACAAUAGUGACUCUAAAAGUAAUUUCGUCUUUCAAAUAUUCAAUAUCUAGUUUCGAAGUAUUAUUAAUAAAAUAGUGUUUAUUCCUGA